GUGAGUAUUAGAGGAUAACACAGUGCAGAUUCCUUCUCUAUACAUUAUGAGUAAAUCUCAGAAAAAGUUUACAUAAAGCUUAGUAAUUGUAUUAGUGAUAGCCUCAAGUCUGGACUUUAAGAUUUUAAUUGAAGAUUUCAAGUUUUAACGAUCAAGUUUUCAAUGAUCACAAUGUUGAAAGAAGAACAUAUAGGAUUAGAUCUACAAGUUUCAGGAAAACUUGACAGGAUGUCACCGGAAACUGAAGGGUCAUCUGAUCGAAUGAACACACCCAUCUUAGAUGAUCUUUCUAAAUCUCCGUCUUCACUGACUUCCUCUUCACCCUUGUCAGUUCCUACUCUCAGCCGUAACAAUACCUCCAACAGUCCAGCUAUUCGACAGAACCAAGUCACCACAGUCAAUCUUCAUAAUGUUAAUAUCGUUUGUCUCCGCAUCGACAAUAAAGAGAGACUGUGCUUAGCUCAAAUUUCUAACACUCUACUAAAGGCCUACAGCUAUAAUGAAAUUCACAACAGACGGGUUGCACUGGGUAUCACGUGUGUUCAAUGCACUCCAGUUCAGCUCGAGAUAUUAAGACGAGCGGGUGCCAUGCCUGUUUCCUCCCGAAGAUGUGGAAUGAUCACAAAAAGAGAAGCAGAGCGACUGGUUAAAUCAUUCCUGGAAGACAGCACUCCACCAAAACUACCCGAUAAUUUUGCGUUUGAAGUGUUGCAUGAGUGUGGGUGGGGUUGUACUGGAUUGUUCGAACCGUCGCGAUACAAUAGUUCCCGAGCAAAAUGCAUCAAAUGUAGCUUCUGCAAUAUGUAUAGUUCCCCAAACAAAUUUAUCUUUCACAACCACCGUAUGCCCAACUCAAAAUAUCAUCAUCCAGAUGCUGCUAACUUCAAUUCAUGGAGACGCCAUCUAAAGUUAACCAGGGAAGCUGAAAAGGGUGAAUUCGCGUAUGCCUGGGAGGAUGUGAAAGCCAUGUUUAAUGGUGGAAGCCGAAAGAGAAUUUUAAACAGUAUAACUAUCUCACAUAGAUCCCAAAGUACCGUUGAUGAACCCAAGAAACUAAAGACCUCUCAUGAUGGUUCCUAUUUAUCAAAGACACCAUACGCUAACCAGUAUCCAUCAUAUAAUAUGUUCUCCCCACCAAAUAAACCCUAUCCAUUCUCACCUCUACCUUCGACAAAUAAUUUUGGACUUAAUUAUCCCCAUGCUAAAGAUCUACCUGAAACAGCUAAAGCUAGCCUUAGCUCUAACUUGUGGGGUUCUCAGAGUAACCUCCCUUUCCAGGCUUAUGAUUUAUUUUGGGCUAACACUCUUGCGUUCUCUCGUGGUGGUGGACUUCGAAACGGGUUUUACAAUAAUGUCGUGGGCAAACCCCCGAUGGUGUCGGAAGCUCAACCUUUCAAACACUCCGUUGAUAAACUCACAAAUAAAAAAGAAGACGAGGGAAGUGAUAGCGGGAGUCAUGACAGAUUCUCAGCGUUUAAGCCAGUAGGAAGAAAUACACAAACACUAGUGGAAGAAGAUACGGGAUCAUUAGAUGUUGAUGAUUUGAAAUGUGAAGGAGACCAUGAAAAUGAAGAAAUUGACGUAACCGAUGAAUCUGAAAUAGAGAAAGAUAAUUACAGCUCUGACGAAGAUGGCGAUCUGAAAGAAAAGAACGAUAGCAUCACCCAAGAACAGCCGAAGUCUCCAGUCGAUCAACAAGACGAAUCAUCAAAACACCUCAAUUCAAAGGAUGAAGAAAAUGAAAUUAUGCCAGACAACACCGAAUUAGAAUCUGAAGUUGAUAGAGUUGAUGAAGAAAAAGUAAAAAGUGUGGAUCAACACUUAGCUGAUUCAGGAUUCUCUGAUCAAUCAGAUAAAGAAAGUGAAGCAAAAAUACCAGGUGAAUUAUCUAAAGAAUCUUUAUAUAGAGAGUUACAAAAAGAAAUCGAACGUAAAAAGAGGAUGGAGCGUGAAGUAUUAAUAAUGAAAGAUACGUAUCUAGAACAAGUGAAGAGGGAAAAGUCGUAUAGAGAUGAAAUGGCACAACAGCUACAAAUUGUGAGAGAAACACUGUCGAAUGAGUUAGAUCAAGAACGGAAAGUGCGAUUUACACUCCAACAGAAACUGAAAGAAGCUCAUGAUGCGCUUCAUAAUUUCUCAUGUAAAAUGUUGGCCUCCAGACAUUGUGAUGACUGCCCUUGUCAAGAAACAGGAAUGAAUCAGUGAAACACAAAUAUAUAUAUAUAUAUA